AUUCUUCGCAACUGUCGGCCCGUGCUUCUCGGAAAAACAAUGCAGAAAUGGCUGUUACUUCGCUCUCGGGAUGGCCUUUUAAUGUCAGCCUGAUUGUUUUAGAUGGAUUCGCAAUGAGUUGAACGGAUCCACUGCACUUUCUGAUUGUGUUUGGACGAACGCCUGAUGGAGAGUUUGGAUUUAUGCGAUGGAUCAAUUGCAUUGAGAAGGGUGUCUUGGGGAAUAUUAUGAAAUCGUUUCUUAUUCUUACAGAAUUUUCCCAAGUGUUAAUCAUAAGGUGGCCGAUGGAUGUUUGUGCAUUCAAGGUGGCAGCAUGAAAUCGAGCCAUCAUUUCAGGGACCAGCUGUCCGUGAUGACAGGCUGGUUCGACCAGUGGAACAACUGCGAGCAGACGGUCGCCCUCUACUCCCUCUUCAAGAAGAUCGAGCCGGGACAAGCCCGCUUUCUUGCACAGGUGCUCGAACAGAACAUCGCGCAUUGCGUGGAACUGCAGAUGCUCGAACAGCAAGCCAAUGAUCCAGGUUACAUCAGCAACUUAAGCACAGAAAGCAAAGAGACGGCUGUCAUCCGACUUCUGUCCCACCUUCCCCUUCUACGGCCCGGCAACGAGGAGGCCAAGUCUCGGUAUCUUGAGCUCAUCCCUAAGAUCCUGGCGCACUCUAUCCGCCACAGUGUUCACAUCGAAGAGAGCCGUCAGCUCCUCUCUUACUCUCUCAUUCACCCAGCUAUCUCAAAUGAGGAUCGCUGCAGUCUCACCCAAUGGCUCAGGCAGCUCGAGGACCGCAUCCACAACAAUGAUGUGUAUUCCAGCAUCCCCAGUACCACGAAUGGGCUGGAGGAACGCCUUCCCAAUUGCACUGUUUAUCCUCAUAAUGGUGUCCUGCCCAAUGACGGUUAUAAUCAGUUUGUACCUAGAUUGGACCUUUGGAGGCCUGGUGGCUUAGUAGGUGUGGAAGGUAAUUCAUAUCCACUCCUUAACACACUAGGUAGCAACAGCUUACCUCCUUGUGUUGGUAGUCAGCAUGUAGCAUUGCAUGGAAUGAACUCUGCACCAUCUGGUGGUGUGUCCUCGCAUCCAGACGGUACACAGACUCUUCCCAUGCCGCAUUCCCGAGUGAAGCGGAGCUGCAGCUUGACUCCCCCUGGCCCUUCCUCCGCACCUCACAUGAAUGGCUCUGCUUCCACCUUGGAGCCACAUGCACCACUCUCGCCUCAGAGCAGUGUCACCUCAUCUGGUAGUGGUAGUGAAAGCCAGAAGGAUGAGAGAGAUGCCUUCAACCAGGAAGGCACUGGCAUGAAAGAUGUUCCUAGCUGGCUUAAGGGACUCAGGUUACAUAAAUAUGCAUACAUUUUUAAGAACAUGUCAUAUGAGGAGAUGAUGGAUAUCACAGAAGAAAAAUUAGAAAAAAUGAACAUCACAAAAGGAGCCAGGCACAAAAUUGUUCUCAGUAUUCAGAAACUCCGGGAAAGGCAGUCAAAUCUAAGGAGUUUAGAAAAGGAUAUCCAAGAUGGAGAAGGAACUCUCCGCUCUGCUCUGAAUGAGAUCAAGGCCAUGCUACAGACACCUAUAAAGUCCUUUAGCUACCUCGAUUAUUCAGGAGACCCGAGAUGCUCUAGCAAUGGUGGUGAAUCUGAGUCGUCGUGCUCUGAUCCUCCAAGUGCUCCGCCAAGUCCUCCUUUGCAGGAAUCCCAUGUACCUGAGGGAGACCUUCCAGGACAAAUGACAAGACUGCUAGGAAAAAUAUGUUCAUCACUGUUGAUCUCGCCAAAUCAAGAUGAAGAUUUAAACUUUUUUGUGAUGAUUGUUGACAAGUGCCUUAGCCACGAGGCCUUCACUCCUGCUCAAAAGCGUCGACUCUUCUCUUGGAAGCAGCAGGUCCAGAAGGCCUGCCAUCCCCUACCCCCUCGGCGUUCUCUUGACAACAGGCAGAGGAGCAAGUGGAGCAGCUACCAUAAUGGAAAUGGCGAGCAAGAUUCUGUACCAUGUGGUUCCAUACGACGUCGCAUCCCCGUCCAAUAUCAACCCCAACGCAUGGUACCUCCCAAUUACUCAACUGCCCAGCGUAGCCCGCUUUCUGCUGUCAUUAAAAGGCCCAGUUUACAAGAGCACAUGAAACCUCAUGUUCAAGUUCAGAGGACUAAUUCGGCACCUGUAAGGCCUAAUCCUCUUCCAGCAUCUUUGUUUGGGAAGGUUUCAGAUGGAGUGGAUUCCAAUGAUCCUGAACUCAAUAUAAGGCUGGAGUCCUUGUGUCUCAGUGUGACAGAACAUGCUCUGGGAAGCUUUGAUGGUGCUGUGCCUUUGUUUUGAAAGUGUUCUCUCAGAAACUCCACUUUUGCCGUGCCAAGGACUUCCUCAUAUCUCCCCAUUGUAACUAUAACACAUUUGUUUCUCUAUCAGAGAGCCUGCUGGAAUUUUAUCUUUCAGACGACGACAGUUCGACUGGAUUGUAUAUUUUUUAGACAUGUCUUCCCCUCUCGCGAAGGUGUGGACUUGGAGUUUUCAUGUUUUUAUGUGAAGUGGACCAAACUUCUCUGUGGCUGGUGCCUUAUCAAAUAAUGCUGUGCAUACAUAGAUAUAUGAAAUAUUUUCUUACAUUCUAGUUAUGUAUCUCAGUCAAGUAUAUAUGCCUGAUGGAAACUGUUGCUGGCCAUUAUUUGUUGUAAAAUGUGUUCAAGGUGUGUGCAUGUCAAUGCUUCUAUAUUUGUUACAGUGGGUGCAAUGCCAUUUUUUCCCCCCGAAAUCGAUUGGUUUAUAUCUUCUGUGAUGUGGAUUAUAAACUUUUUAACUUGAUUUUGGUUUCUAUAGAUGCUAUAAAAAUUAAUUGCCAAUUGUUUCUAGAUCUUCAACAUAAAAAAUCUGCUUAUAUAAAUGUUAUUAAAAUGUCUUAAAAUAGUUUUUCAUUCUUUAAUAGUCUUAUAUUUUUAAAUUCAUUAUUCCUGUAAACGUAUUCUAUUUUGAAAUUCUUGCUGAUUUUCAAAUGGAUAACAUUUCAUUUUAGGAUAUAUUUUUUGAAUAUUUCUUUAAACCAUUUUAGGAAGUAUUAAAGUUAAUAGUGUAUGAGGACUUAUUAUAAUAUAAAUUUUUCUGAUUUGAUUAGGUUUUCUGGUAAAUUUUUUCAAUAUACAAAAUUUUGCAUGUAUUUAAAAUGCAUUUAUUUCUUUGAAGAGCUUACAUUUUAUUUCAUGUUAUAAUGCUGUUUUAUUAACCCAAAGAUGCAUUAGCAUGAAAUAUAAUUUUAUUGUUUCAAUGAUUUAAAUAGCAUUUUAGUACAGAUCUGACAUUUAAAUCAAAGUUUAAUUGUAAUAAGAUUUUCCAUUAAUGUUGAGGUAUUACACCCACUGAAGUAUGAAGAAGCAUUGAGCUAAACAUGUAGGUCUAAGUAAUGGCCACAUUGACAGGCUGUGAUAGAAAAAAAUGUCAAUUGCAAAUGUUUUCUAUAUAUUGCUGUUAGCUGCUUGAGUUUUACUGAUUUGACUUUUCAAUCUAUUUUUAUUUGGUGUGACAAAUGCCUUAUUCUUCACUGCUGGUUCAGUGCUCCAAGACUGUGAAAGUGAGAGCUGUGACAUCACUUAGCAACAUUGCUUCCUAUGUGGAUUGCUCAAUACAUUUCAUUUAUCAUUCUCUAUUUUUAAUUUUUUGUAGCAAGCAGAACUACUCUUUAAAAGGGUGUCUAUAAUUUCUUUCUCUUGAAUAUUAAACUGAUGAUUUUCUCAAUAAUUGAUAUUAAACAUAAUUCAGUGCAGGUGGCAUUGUUUUGUGAAUUUUUAAGUUUAUUUGUAAAAAUUUUUGUAAGUUUAUUUUAUGAAAGCACAUAAGGUGUUCUAAAGUAUUUUUUGUUUUGCAUUAAUUUAUUACAUUACAGUUUGGCAGUUAGUCAUACUGUAUGAAAUUAGUGUAAAUUUUAUUAAUUCUAAAUGUUUUUAUUGGUUUUAUUUUUGAAAUUAAAUGUUCUUUUCUUAAUUCUAUUAUUCUGUCUCAUAUAGACACCCUCUUUUAAGGAAAAUCCCAUUGUACCCUUUGGGGUUUUAGUGCAUUCGUGUAGAAUGGCUCUCAUUUGAAACGGUUUAUAAAUUUCUCAUAAUAUUUACUCCACUUCAAAUUGAAUGUGGAUUGAAUUCAACGAGUUUUAUCCAGGCUGAUAAUUUAAAAUUAAAAGGAUCCAAAUUGGUUGCUGCUCAUGUUGGUAUUUACAGAAUUUGAUUCUUGCAGUGUAAGAAAAUCUCUCUGCCCUGUUAAAUGCUUGCUACCUCUUCAUGUGGUUGUGUUCUGACUAAUGAGGCUCACUUUGUUUAGGUUGUGAAAUAUUCUAUGAUUCAGUAGAUCAGAUUAUAUAGAAGUUCAUGAGUUUAACAUUUUAAAAAAAUCAUAAGUGUGUCAUUGAUGGACUUUAAAAUUUUUUACUCGUUUCUUAGAUUCAUUGACAUAUAUAGGGUUCCUUCGGAUAUUUAUUACUAAUGUUUUAUUUGUUUCUUUGUGUAUAAUUUGGUAGAAGGAAAGAUUUAUCUUGCAAUUGAAAUUCGUUAAAUUAUAAAAAAUUGUGAGAAUUGUGUUUAAAUUAUAUUUUGCAAGCUAAUUUAAUUAGUUGAAACUUGUUUUGUAAAAAAAAAUUGGAACCCUAUAUAUAACUGCUGAAACAUAUCAAAAUGCUCUUGGUAAGUUUCAGUUUUCUGGGCUGUCCUCAAAGCAAGGUCUAUUUUCGAAGUAUUAUUAUUUUUGCCCUUUUGUUAAUGAACUGGAGGAACUAAUGCUCAACCUCUCAUGUGAUGUUUGGCUUCAUCUCGAGUGAGUCUCAGGCAUUGCAUUUUUCAUUUUCCACAGAGUAAAUAUUAUUAAAUGUUUUGACCACCAGGAAAUAUAAUGUAAAUAAAAUGACCUGGUACUGGUUGAUACUGUUUAUCUCAAAUAAAUUUAUUGCAAAUAAA